AUGCUUUGCCUGUGUCGUUCUCGAAAGUCAGUUUUGCCACGUCUAGGUGGCACAUCCCUCGAUCCUCUACACGAUUUUGCCAAGACAAGAAACUCUGCCAUCCGUUCAUGGUCUUCAACCAGCACUCUACACAGUGUUGUCCAUGGUCUAAGAUCAGCUCUCCCCCGUAAACACCAUGGCUUGAAGUCAACCCAUAUACAGACCUUGAAGCGUUACAUUUCUGAUGACACCACCCCAGCACCCAACGACACCGUGCUAGAGCCUUUAGACCAUGAGUUCUUGGACGCGGAAUGCCUUGCUGCCUUGCGCGGUGAGCGACUACCUGAUGAUACAACAAUAAAUAAUUACUUCGACUUUUACAAGCGCAAGGCAGGCGGGGCUUCAUCAAUAGACGGCAACACCUUGACAGAAGAGGAACGGGCGCAUUUGGAGGAUGCCUUCUUGCAGUUUGGGAGAUUGCAUGCCGCGAGCAUAUAUGGAAUACGCCAUCACGAGAAACUGGCAUUUUCAAAAGAAGUCGAACUUUCUGCUUCAACAACUAUUUCACAUGCGCGUGCACGCAAUGCUCGCUGUAUAAUGAGCAAUAUUAUCCCCGUCAUGGACACAGAUGCUGCCAAGCCUUACUGCAUUUGGCAUCCGGAUAUCGCCAGCGAAGAUACCUACCGAGAACUCGUCCGUCGAUAUCCCGACAUGCGGUACAACGUCGGUCGUGCCUGUGCUGCGGCGGGUUACAACAAGCUGUAUCACGAGCUAAAUCUUCUGCCCGAUGUCUCGAUUGCUGAAGAAGCAAAAGACAACACGAAGAGCGGAGCUUCGAUCUUCCACGCCAUUACCAGCCAAAAUGUGAGGUACAAGGUCAUGGACGACUACACAUGUACUGUUCGGCUCAACGACCCCCCUGCUGACGCGUUCCUCAAUGGCGAUACUGCGGUACGCUCGUCCCUCAGUCACAGAGAUUCUUAUAAAACUUGGCCAUAUGCACGCGAUACGCCUCAUUAUUUCGACAUUACCGAGGAGAGCAGUAUUGCAGAAGAAACCUGUCAUGGAAGAGUCUUUGGGCCAAUGCCGUCGGAACACGUCGAUCUGCUGUAUUCGCCACUACCCCGAGAUCUUCCAACGACAUAUAAAGAUGUUCUCAUCAACAUGGCCGCUUAUGAAGGAAAUAUCGACCGGUUUUCACGGCUGAGACGACCCAACCCAGUGACCAAUGAACUGAUGUGUGUCGCCCGUGGCAUUUACCAUCACGUACCAUUCGCAAGAUGGCUAGAGCCUCGUCUUGAUGAAAUGUACCCCCAACAAAGAAUAUCACAGUUUGGACUCCGACAGGCACUUCACGCUCGAUUCAUCAUGAGUAACGACUUGUCUCGUAUUGAUGCAUCGAUCGGUCCCUCUGACAUCCCCAUGGUUAUCUGGUAUCCGCACAUGCCAAGGAAGAACACGUUGAGAGAACUAUAUUGGCGACAUCAUGACAUGUCGGUCCAGAUAGGCAUCGCCUGUAUCAUUGCAGACUAUCAGGAUGUUUACGAUGAGGUUAAACCGUUGCUCCACCGUCUUUUGUGGCUGCAGGCAAAGCAGAGCACCAACCCCUACUACCUUCAAGAUAUAGAGCGCAGAGCGGCAGAGGCAGAGCUCCACUUGAGCAAAGGGACUGUUUGGGAUCUCGACUUUCCGAACCCUUGGCCCGAUGAAGUGUACGAGGGCGUCACAAAAGCUGACAAGGAACCCACAAACGAUGUCCUGACUGAAACCAUUGCCAAUGAUCCACGGUCAGUUACGGGAGGUCUCACCAUCCCCCAAAUAAACACUCUUGGCUCCCGCGAUGGAAUCUAUGGAGGCGGGUUUCAGGCGAAUGCGGGUCUGUGGGAGACGUUUAUCAGCGCAACGGACGAGGCGAGAAAAAGCCCAGGACAGCUGUACUCCUCUGAAGCAGACUUUACACGUCGUGCAACCAAGAAAUCACAAUUUCGACGGUUUACAGAGUUUAUGAUGAAGGAGAUGUAUCCCGAUUUGUGGGCCCAGCGGAAUAAGUAG